UCUCUCACGCACUCACACACUAUCUCUUUCUCUCUCUACCUACAUAUAUGCUCACAUAUUCAGCUGAGAGAUAGAGAGAGGGAUACACACUCACUCGCUCUUUCUCUCCUUGUAUGCAGAUGCACACCCACUCCGAGGUGAUACAGUCACUUUCUCUCUCUACACGGAGAGAAUGAAUGUGGAUGAAUGAGCAGCAUUGAUUGGAAGCCAAGCUUUUUAAAGGCUCAUUCUCGGAGAUCUCUGCUCGAAUUCAGCUCAGCUGAUCGGUUCGGAUUGAAGUGAAGAACGGCGAAGAGAUGAAGUCGACUACUAGGCUUGACUCGGCUGUAUUUCACCUCACUCCUACUCGAACUAGGUGUGAUUUGUUUAUUAUUGCGAAUGGAAAGAAGGAGAAAAUUGCUUCAGGUUUAUUAAAUCCGUUUCUUGCCCACUUGAAGACUGCACGAGAUCAGAUUGAGAAGGGUGGUUAUUCUAUUGUGCUUGAACCAGAGCCGCAAACUGAUGCAUCAUGGUUUACCAAAGGAACAGUGGAAAGGUUUGUUCGUUUUGUGAGCACUCCUGAGAUCUUGGAAAGGGUGCAUACUGUAGAGUCUGAGAUCUUACAGAUUGAGGAAGCAAUCACCCUCCAAGGAAGCAAUGAUGCAGGGCAGAAAAUGGUUGAAGACCACGAAGUGAAGCCUUUAAAAGCUAAUGAAGGUUCCAAAAGCAGUCCAGACCUAAAUGAUGAGAAAGCAAUUGUCUUAUACAAGCCUGAGGCAACUCAAGCUCAAACAAGCGGUGAAUACACGCAGGAUGGAAAUUCAAAAGUCCAGCUUCUGAAAGUCCUAGAGACACGCAAACAAGUGCUGCGCAAAGAACAGGGUAUGGCUUUUGCUCGUGCGGUGGCUGCUGGUUUUGAUGUUGAUGACAUGGCACCACUUGCAUCAUUUGCUGAAUGCUUUGGUGCUUCACGAUUAAAGGAUGCAUCCUCAAAAUUCAUUAAUCUGUGGAAGAAAAAGCAUGAGACUGGGCAGUGGGUAGAAAUUGAAGCAACAGAAGCAUUGUCUGGCCGAUCGGACUUUUCUGCCAUGAAUGCCUCUGGUAUUGUGCUUUCCAGUAUGGGUAACAAACAGAAUGACUUCAAUAAUGAGUCAGCUUCCGAAAAUAAUGAGAAAUCGGGUGUAGAUAUCAAUUCGGGUGAAAAACCUCCAAUGAAUCACCAGCCUUCAUUCAGUCAACAAGAUUAUUUUCAAGGCCAAUUUCCGCAUCCAAUGUAUCCACCUUGGCCUAUGCAUUCUGCAAAUGGUUCCAUGCCAAUGUUUCCGCCAUAUCCUGUGCAGGGGAUGCCCUAUUAUCAGGCUUUUCCGGGUGGUGUUCCUUUUUACCAGCCACCUUAUCCACCUAUGGAGGAUACUCGAUUCAGUGCUAGUCCUAAGAAUAGACAGAAAAGGCAGUCUAUGGAUGAUAGAGAUGACAAUUAUGAAUCCGAAAUUUCAGACAUGGACACCAAAUCAAGGUUGCAGGAGAGUGGAGACUUGGAUAAGGAAGGUUCACAGCAUCUUCAAUCACGGAAGAAAGAUGGACGAUCUGGUAAAAAGCAGUCAGGUGUUGUUGUCAUCCGAAACAUUAAUUACAUAACCUCUGAAGCAAAGAACUCUACUGGCGAUGGUUCAGAAUCAGAAGCUGAUUCUGAAAGUGGUAUAGAUGAUGAAGAUUAUCAGGCUGACAAUAUUGGUGCAUAUUGUACCAAAACUUCAAGGUCAUCAAAAAGAAAAGGGGAUCAUUCCAAGUCAAAAGCUGAACCAAUUGACAAUAAAGAAGAGAGUAUAUUUGAAAAGGAUACUGAUGGUGGGCACUGGGCAGCAUUUCAAAAUUUUCUGUUGAAAGGUGCUGAUGAAGAAAAUCAUACUUCCAAUGAAGGCAUGUUUGCAAAGGAAAAUGCUGGCAAGGCGCGAAGACGACAAAAUACUGUUAUUGAUGAUCCUUCGGGUCUUGUUGGGAGAGAUUCAAAUGAAAUACUAGAUAGGAGAAUGACUUCAGUCCAUGAAGGUAAUGGAUAUAGAACUCGCAUUGGCAGAGGAUCAAAUGAUGAAGGUGUGCUUUCCAGAGGAGGAUAUAACGAUGCAAGGGGACCCGAUGAUCCAAUGGAUAUGCAAUAUGCAGAGACAAAAGGAAGAAGGUUCAUCUCUAGGACUUCAAAUGAUGAUUUUAUGGUUGGCAGAAGAGAAAAGCUUUCAGAACGACACAAUUCUUCAGAUCCAUUAGCAGUUAAUGAAUUUGAACAUGUGAACAGUAAGUUGCAUGGAGAGUCAUCCUGUGGUAUCAGAGAUGAGUCUUUCAUAGUACCAUUCAGGUCAAUGGCAUUAAAUCAAGCUGUACCAGAGGGUAGAACUGCUAUUGAUAUGGAUUCUGAGCUUCCAUCUUCUUAUCAAAAUUCUGAGAACCUUUCUAGUGGUAUUAGGAAAACAGUCAGCUAUGAGCCAGAUGACAUGAGCCUGAUACCAGAACGUGGCACAGAGAAAAGGUCUGUUGGAUAUGAUCCUGCUUUGGACUAUGAAAUGCAGGUCUCCAAGGAAGGUACUGCUACACUGAAUAAAGGUGCAAAGGCAGCUUUGAAUAACGUCAAGGCAACUACUAAAAAAUCAGAGAAAACCCGGAGCUCUAAAGGUACUUCAGGAACUUUAGAUAAGGAAAGGACUGGAGGACCUAUAAGAAAAGGAAAACCAUCAAAGACAAGUCCUUUAGAGGAUGCACGGGCACGUGCUGAGAGGAUACGUGCCUUCAAGGCUGAUAUCCAGAAAAUGAAGAAAGAGAAGGAGGAGGCAGACUUAAAGCGGCUUGAAGCUCUAAAGUUGGAUAGGCAGAAAAGGAUUGCUGCAAGAUGCGGCUCUACCUCUGCUGGUUCAACAGCACCAUCACUGCAAACAAGAAAACUGCCAACCAAACUUUCUCCUAUCUCUCAUAGAGGAUCCAAGUUCAGUGAUUCAGAGCCUGGGUCAUCGUCACCUUUGCAGAGAUCAAAAGUCAGAACGUCUCUUGUAUCCAAUGAGUCUCGUAAAGCCUCCAAAUCCAGUAAACUAAGUGAAGGCGGUCUCUUUCCUGGAAAUAGAUUGACAAGAUCAGCCUCAUCAUUGUCUGACCCAAAGAAAGAUAGCAGUGGGGUUACUCCUGAAUCAAAGACUUCCAUGGCCCGGAUUAGAAGAUUAUCAGAGCCAAAAACUGUUGGCAACCAUUCUUUAACUUCAACAAAGGUACAAAGUGCUGAGAGAGUAUCAAAGCUGAAAUUAUCUGAUGAGCCUGACAGCACAAAAAUGUCUGCUAUUAUGAACCUUGACAAAAGAAAGGCUGCAACUCUUCCUGAACUUAAGCUGAAAACAACCAAGGGGCCGUCCAAUGUUGUCAACAAGAAGUUGCUACUUCCUAAGGAAACAAGGAACAUAGAUGAGGCCAAGCCUUCAGCAACUUCUGGAAGUUCUGAGUUUUUUGUGAGCAAUGUCACAUUAUCUCAGCAUACGGAAGCAGAUGAUUACCCAAUUGUCGAGAAAAAUGUUGUUCUUGAAAAUGACAAGCCUUCUCUUCCUGUUCUAAAUGCUUCUGGAGCAAAAAUUGAGAUUUCUCAGUUUGAAAGUCCUGGCAUGCUGGAUCAAUCUGAAAGAGUAUCCAAUCAUGCUGCAAUACGUGCACCACCAUCCCCCAGCAACAUGGUUGAUGAAGCUCUCAUACCUGGUCCAUUGCAAAGGCAAUCCAAUUCUAAUGAGGUGAACACCAGUCGUGUGGAGGAAUCAUCCAAAAGUUUGGAAGUUAGUGCUGCUGAAAAACCUUACCAUGCCCCUUUUGCUCGAAUCUCCUCUUUGGAAGACCCUUGUACUCGAAAUUCUGAUUAUGGUAAAGCAGUCCCGACAAGCUCAGGAACAACUACAUCUGCUAAAGCUUAUGUGGUUAAUGAAAAAUCACUACAAAUUGAGACCAUUCCAGAAGCUUUAGCAAAAGUUCAAGUAAAAGAGUCACCAAAAGGGCUUAGAAAGCUUUUGAAGUUUGGAAAGAAGAGCCAUAGUACAGCUGCAGGCGAUCAAAGCCUCGAAUUAGAUAAUGCGACUAGCAAUGGUUUUAAGCCACAUAAUAAUGCUUCAUGCACAGGGUCUGGUGAAGUUCAUACGUUAAAGAAUCUAAUUUCGGAAGACGAAACUCCUACAUCGGGCAAUGCUUCCCAGAAAUCUUCUCGCCAUUUCUCUUUGUUGUCGUCAUUUCGUAGCAAGACAGGUGAAAAGAAGUUGACAACAUGAAGAGGAGUCUCAACAUCGUUGCUUUCAGUUUUGUUGUGUCAUCGGCUCUUUCCUUUAAGAAGUUUUGUUGUAUAAAUGGAUCCUUGUAAAUUCUCAGGCCUUAACCUGAACAUCCAGAUGGUUGAUUGCAUUGCAACUUUACUCUCGUCUUUUUCGUAAGUGAAUUGUUUGAGAUUCAUUUGCACUUCAUUGUGUUAAACAGGAACUCGAAAUGCACAACUCUCCCUUAAUAUCCC